AAAGCGACUAGUCUCAAUCGUCAAUCGUCGUUUGUCGGCAGUGGAGCUGGGACUGUAGAAAAUAAAGACUUAUCGAAAGUCUAUAACUCUUUAAGAAAAUGUAAAUUAAAUUACAAAUAUGAGUGCUAAUAUCAUUAUAGGAUUAAACUUAACGUCACAGUUGUCAUGACCAGUUAACUUCCAACUUGCAAACAACAAAACACACACGAUGGGCGAUGUUGUAAGCUUAUUUUCUGUGAUAAUCAUGAAAUUUAAAUCAAAGUUUAAUGAGAGUAAGAUUUUUUUUCACUAUAAUUUUCCGUGGGACAAGCUGAAAUCUAUAAAGUGGAUGAACGAGAGGGCUACAUCAAACAAAGCUUAUGUUCCUACCAGGGUGGAAAACCUAGCCAAUGUGUGUACCCACGCCUUGUGUGUGGCUCCAGCCUCAUUCGGUGCCCGGGAGUUGUUAACUCGCUCCGUGAACGCCCCUCAGGCCAUAGCCGCUGUGGUCUAUGGCUUGGCUCUGUGUUUGCUGUUUGCUGUCUCGACCACAUUCCAUUCCGUAUGCUGCUGCAAAUCCGAAACGAAGAUGAAACACUUCCUCCACCGCUGCGACCGCGCCAUGAUCUACAUAUUCAUAGCCAGCUCCUACUUCCCUUGGCUGACCGUGGGGACACUGUCAUGUUGGAUGCUCCGUGAACUGAGAUGGGCUAUCUGGCUGUUGGCUGUGUUGGGGAUCACCUAUCAGCAGAUCUUUCACGAGCGGUACAAGAUGUUGGAGCUCCUACUGUACUUGGUUAUGGGACUCGGGCCUGCUGUGAUUAUUGUCACUUCAAAUCAUCAGUUCCCGGCGAUGCACGACCUCAAGAUGGGAGGUUUGUUAUAUCUGAUAGGUGUGUUCUUCUUCAAGAGCGACGGUCGCAUACCAUUCGCUCACGCCAUAUGGCACGUGUUCGUUGCCCUGGCCGCCUCAGUCCACUACCUGGCGAUACUCAGACAUCUCUUCCCCGAACUUAACACAGAAUGACUGCCAUUAGGAAUCUCAGACGACGCUCUCUCAUUUUAUGUUUUCAAACGUUCCAUUUCAUAACGAUUUCAUCCGUUAACAAUUGCUUAAAGAUUUUAUACAACGCCAUACUAUUAGGUUCUAAUUUUGAACGCGUUCGGUGUAUUUUAUAUAUAAAUUAUUAAUGUUAAGAAUUAAGUACAGAAAAAAAUAAACAAUUUGUUAAUGGUCAGUAUUUGGCAAAUUUUUUUAUUAAUAGCAGAAAAUUCAAUGUAAAUUUACGCCUUUCAAUUGUACCAAUUCCUUUCAGGCGUAAUAUUUAAGCAGAAUGCUGAAUAUUUUACGAGUACGCCUAUAGGUAACCUUCAGUUAACGUAGUUAUUAACAUUGCGCAAAUAUCAUUAACCGCGUCUGACGUGCAUUGUGUCGCUGCUCUAUUUAAAUUAAAAAAAAAAACAUUGAACGCGUUCGUCUAGUAUAUUUUGUAAAAUAUUGUUGAAAUCUUAUUGUUGUAGUGUAUUAGUGUCCCAGAAUCUCGAGACCAAACCAACCCUAUUUAGAAUAUUUAAUGAAUGUUUUAGGUGUUUUUAGAGACGUUUAUAUCUAUACUUAUACGAUAACCAGUUUUUUCAACAGAUCUUUUAUACACCUAAUGUGAAUUUUUCCUUAGAUUAGUUACGUAUACUUGUUUAGAGUAAUUAGAUAAAUCUAUAGUGUAACUAUAUCGUGAACUAGAUUCUUGAGCAUGUAAUGUAUAAUGUAGGUACUUUCAUUGCUCAAUAUUUUGUGUUUUAAAAUUAGAUAACUUCCUCAUGUUUUUUUUUUAUUAAUUUGUUUGCUUUGACCGAUUUUAUACAGCCAAUGUGUAUGGAGUUUUUUUUUUAAUAUUUUUCUUCCGUUGUCUAUGAAUUUAGUGUCAUAGACUAUGUGUGUCAUAUACAAGUUGCGAUACAGUCGGUCUGUUUGUAAACUAGGUCGGAUCAAGCGGCGGGCGAUCGUGGUCCGUGUGUUAUGUAGGUCGCAUGAAUAUUAAACACGCAGGUAUUUCAGACCUCACAGAUAUUAAAUCAGACCGAAAUUAUAUAAAACGACUUUACUAUCCAACCUUUGUUUAAAAAAAAAAAAUAAAAAAAAUAUUUGAAUAUUCAAUUCCAGUUAGUUCCGUUUCAUGCAAAAAUAAUGUUGUCCUUAUUGGAAUUUUCAUACAAGUUAUGCGUCCAUUGCGUACAUGCAUUUCUUUUUUUAUUGCUAUUUUUAAGUCUGAUUAACGGUAUAGGUAAAGGAACAUUAUAUUUUAUUAUAUUGGUAUAGGUGUUUUAGUUUCCUCAUAAUACUGCGAUUCCGAAACAAUUUCUAGUCAAAAAUUUGCUUCAACCAUUUGUAAAGUGAUUGCAACAGAUUUUAAAAAUAUACAAUUUGAUAAUUCUUUAUUAUUGUAUGAAUAAUGAGACUUUGUUAUAAGUUUUAAACUUAACGAGAACUAUCAUUGUUUUCUAGUUUAUUCACUGCUAGUACAUGUUAUGGCAUCCAAAAAAAAAAAAAAACAGGAAUCUCGAGGCGGAUAAAAUUGCUAGUCUACUGCUAGAAGAUGCUCGUACUAAACACUUGCGAUCGUUUAUUACACAUCAUACUCACGUACGGUCUGUAUGAUAGUUAUGAAUCGGCACUAAAAACUUUGACAGUUUAAGUUUAUGAUAAAACGUGUAAUAAAGGUACUGUACCCCGAGUAGGACAUACAUUAGUAGGACGUUUCAAGGUUUCAUUAAGUUAAUCAAACAAUCAUUCAAUCAAUGGACAUGAGGCUUGCACCAAUAUUUGAAUGAGAAACGAACCUUCAUUAUGUUGACUAUCCAGUCGUACUCGGAGUACUGAAGUAUCGCCGCGAGCCGGUCAUUCAGGCAACAGGGUAAUAAUAUGCAGAACGCGGCUGCACAAGACAAUUAUUUAUAUUGUUUUUAAUCAUUCGAAUGUAUAUAUUUUGUUUAUAUUAUCCCACCACCAAAAUCGUAUCCUCUUAGAUAUACUGAGAAGUUAUUUCUUCCUAAUUUUUUUUUACAUAGAAUGUGGUGUAAACAUGUUCAAGAUUUCAAUGCAUGGUCUAUGAUUAGGGUCCAUGGUAAAGUUCGUUCUGACAUUUCAGAUGUGAUAUGUAGUAUCGUUUGAACCUAUCUUGAUGUCUUUAUUUAGAAAUGUAAGCAGUAUUUUUAUGUAAUUUACUAGUGGAACUAUCUCAUAGGACGUUACAAAAAUGACUCUUGUUGUGUAAAUGGGAUGGUUCGAUUUAGAUUGUAGAUGCAAUAGUUGUUAAACCAAUCUGUGUCUCAAGUCUUCCACGGAGAUGCCAUUGGUUUGAAACUUAGGAUUCUUAGUAUACAUAAUUUUGAUUCAGAAAAAUGCUAAGAUACGAUAUUUUAGAGAAGUUUCUAUUUGAUCUUCAGUGAAUUUUUCUGUCAAUUUACGCAUUAAAAAAAAUUAUUUAUAUCAUUGCUAUAUAAAUUAAGACGAUUUUAAAUAAUUUAUUUUUAUUUAAAAAAAUAUUUAUUCAAAUUCUCGUUAAAGAAAAGUUUUUUCUGUAAAAAGUGAACUGGCUUUUGAUCAAUUUCACUUAAUUGCAGAAAAAUCUUUGUGUCUUUAAUACGGAAAUAUUUUUUGGAAAAUUUAUUAAGUUUUAAAAAUCCUGAUACAUCCUUUCAAAUGUAUAUUUAAGUAUUAGGAAUUACUGAUCUAGAAAAUUAGCCAAACUAAUUAUAUGAAAAAUAUAAAUUCCAUUUAGAUAUUAAUUGUGAAAGUUGAUUUUAUAAUUCAUAUAAUUGUAUAUUUAUAUGUAACUUGCAUGAUUUUUGUUCUUCAUUAUUAACAUUAUAUAAGCAAUUUCUAAAUAAAAUAUCUACAUUUCCUUGAAGUAUAUUCCGUAGUUAAAAAACUACCUCAUGAAUUGGAAUUAAAUCCUAUGUAAAAUUCAUUGAAAUUUAAAUAAUAAUUGACUUAAUAAAUAAUAUAAUUAAAAUUUUAUUAUCAUAAUCUACAAUCUCAAUAUAUCAAUGUUGUUAUAAUCUGUAUUUAAUUUUUAAGUAAUUCAUAAUGUUACGUCACGUCACCUUCAAUAGUGGACCCUGGUAUAGUUUUGUAGCGGUUUUUGGGAAUAAAAUAAAAGAUUUACAUUCAAA